AUUGUAUCCUUAAUAUAAUAUUACCAAUCCGAUGUUGUAUUAUUACCACCAGUUUAUGGUUCACUCGAAUGGGGUCUAAAAUUUUACAAAAAAUAAAUUAAGUUUAUAGACCAUUACACAUUUUUUUAAUUAACACUAAAUAUUAAAGAAAUUGAGAGUACCUAUUGAACAACGCCAAUAUUAGUUUACAUCUAGACUUUAAAGUCUAAAUUCGCAAAAUCAUCAAUCAUCUAUAUGAAUUUACACAUCGCAAAAAAUAAUGAAUAAAAUGUUCAGGUGCAAAGCCUGCUCAGGAACUCCAUUUGCGGCGUUUUUUGGCCUAGAUGAAACAGAGGAAGAAAAUCAAAAAAAGUCGGAUGAGGAAGUUGAAUCUGAGACAGAUGACGAAGCUUUAUCGCCACGAAACCCUGAUGAUUUAUCAAAUGAUGAGUCUGGGAAGACAAAUGGACCGAGGAAUUCGGAAGAAGUGGUUUACUUGGCAAAGAUCUAUAACACAUAUGUUCACGACAGGGCAAAAAAUCUUUGGAAAGACGAAAAUACUAGGAUACAAAUUUUAAAAGAGCUCGCGGUGGGAUGUGGCAAAAAUGAUGAUCCAGUUCUAGGAAGUGACAUUCAAUGUGUUAAAUGGAUUGGAGAUUUUCAUGAGGAAUUUCCCAUUAUUCACAUCUCAGAUCCAAACGAGACAAUGAAGAAAAGAACAUACGUAAACCGUAUGUUGGUGUUCCUCUUCGCAGAUGCGGAAUCUUACAGUAAGAUAGACGCCAAUAAAUACACUCCGUUUUCAAUGGUGUGCGGUAACAAGUGGUGUGUCAACCUUACUCACAUAAUGUUAAACUAGAUUAUCAUUCCUUGUACCAAAAUAAUAUUUUUAAAUAAUAUUUCUGGUUUAAAUUUUCAAUCUUUUCCCCUUGAA